CCAAACAUCUCAACUCUCCUAUGGAUGGAUUUGCUAUCUUUUUCUUAUCCUCAAAACUCAUAAUGCCCUCAAAACCAAGAAGCAUCAGAAAAACACAAUGCUCUUACUUCACAAAACAUACUAAAACUUGUACAAAGAAAUGUUACCAGCACCCAAAAUCCUCCAAUCCUCCAUUAACCUUCAAUCUCCAACACCAUUAUCUCCACAAAUCCAAAACAUACCCGCUUCGCCACCUUCUCCUACCAUCAAACAUUUCUGCAAAUUUUCUCGAAGAGAGCUCGCCAUCGCUGGCAACUCUUCGUUACUUCUUCUGUUGAGCUCUCAUGUUCUAGAACCACUCAAUCAAUCAAAAGCAAGGGCUGAAGAAAAUCCACCAGAUGCCACCGAAACUGAUCGACAAGAAGAGAAGUCGAGUACUAGUUUAAAUGCGAGCUGCAGCGAUAAAGCUACAACGAAGAAAGCUUUUCUUGAUAUAUCCGUCGAUGGAAAACCUGUUGGCCGCAUUGUCAUUGGAUUAUAUGGAGAGAGUACCCCAGCUGGAGCUGCUAGGUUCAGCAGUCUUGUAAGUGGGACUGCUGGUAUUACCUACAGAAGAAAAGAGUUCGUUAAAAUCAUGCCGACUUAUGUGCAGCACGGGGGUGUGAGAUCAUAUGGUGUUGAUGCGGAGCUUGCAAAGAGAACAGGAGGUAACUUGGGAGCUGAAACUCUUACAGAUGAAUGGGAGAGAGACAACGAAUGUUCAGGCAUCAAAAAUUUGGCAGGAACAGUUAGCAUAAUUGUAAGAGAUCCAUUGAAACCGCCUCCUAAGUCGAAAUUGGUAGCAAGGAACGGAAAACUAGCAAUUGAUCAAGAAGAGGUAGGAACUGACCCGAAUGGUACAGAGUUUGUAAUCACCACGAAAGAUUCUCCAGAGCUGGAUGCCUCAAAUCUGGUUAUUGGAAGAGUACUGGAAGGAAUGGAGGUUGCAGAGAUGAUUGGACAAGUAAAGACGGUACGAGAUAAUACCAGUUCCCCUUAUUUCAGAGUAGCAAAGCUCGUUGGGGACAAAAGAGCUGUUGUUGCAGAAAGAGGGUUUAACAGACCGUACUCGAAGGUGGUUGUCACAAAUUGCGGCUUGAUGGAGUAACACCAGUUACCAGAGGCUGUUUCGUGCUCUUUUCUUCUUCAGUUUUCCCAGUGAACAGAGCACAAAAUCAUGCGACAGAACAAAUUCAUUUUAUUGUUUUUUCUUUCAAAAUUUCACAACACUCUGCAGUGUUCAAAACUGCAAGAUUCGUAGUAGUAAUUUUACAGAAUAAUUCACAAAGUAUUUGGGCUGCAGUAGGGACGUUAUAGUGCCUAUCCUACAGUUACAACAGCUACUAGCAUGGUUUCAAUACAUAAUUUCUGAUUUUACUGCA